AUGGCCUCCAAACUGAUGGACUUGGUGUACUGGAGGAACCUGAGGAGAACCGGCGUGGUCUUCACUGGCCUGGUGAUCGGUCUGGCCAGCCUCUUCCAGCUGAGCGUCAUCACCGUGUUUUCCCACAUCCUGCUGGGAGUCAUGUGCAUCACCUUCCCCCUCUGUUUUUACUACAAACUGCUGGAGCUGCUGCACUGGAGCCAUGGCUACCACCCCUUCCAGUCGUACCUGGACUACGACAGCUCUCUGACGGAUAAUGAGACAGUGAUGCUGGUGGAGGAGGCGGUGCUGAUGAUUGCAUUCGCUGUCUCAGAGCUCAAACGUCUGCUGUUCAUCGAAAGCAUCAUUGACUCCAUUAAGUUUGUUUUGUUCCUGUACCUGCUGACGUACAUCGGCACCGAAACGACCGGGCUGACUCUGGUCAUGGCUGCUGUGAUCGCUCUUUUCUCUCUUCCUCUGCUUUACAAAAAACAGCAGGUGCGGAUAAGGAGGGUUGUUAGGGCGGUCAAAGCUUUUGUAAAGAAACUCAAUGACCUGUUUGUCAGCUUGUAUGAAUCAGUGAGACCCCCUCCCAGCACUGCAUCCACCCCUAAACCUGCUCCACCUGCUGCCAUCAAACAGAAAGCCAAGUCGAAGUAA